CUCCGGCCGGGCUUCGCGGGGCUCUUGGCCGGCGCGGCGAAGAAAAGGGGGAGGUGGGGGAGGACCGCCCCCUCCCCGGUUGCAAGCAGGCUCCUGCGUGUAACUCGGGUGCAUUGCAGCAAAAUCUGGUGUCUGCCGGGGGCAAAUCUGUCUCCCACCGGCACGAUUUCAGGCCAUAUUGAUACGGGGGAGAAAGGCGGCCUGGCCUGGAGCUCUCGGCGGAGCCUGCCAGAUCCGGAGAGAAGCCUGGGCGCUGUCCAUGCAAUACCCAGAACUCGGUGAACUGGAUUCAUCCAUCUUCUGGGUUCCAGCAAGAAAGGUUCUGAAAGAAGACGCUCAGCCGCCAAACCCAGGGUUUAAAACCAACCAAGCUGCUCACUAAAGCCUGUUAUAUUCUCACUCGACCAACCCUUGUCCUGAUGCUGGAAAGGGGGGAACAGCCCUGUAUGAGCAACAGCAAGAACGGAGUGGGCAACAACGCUCUGAGUAGCGGUGUUGCAGAUUCUCAAGCCUUGAAAGAGAACACCAAGUCCCCUUCGCCCUCGGCUCUGUCUUCUCCACCCGCCACGGAGUCUCCCAAGCCGCCUCGUCCCCGCCGCCGGCGGCCUCCUGCCGUCCUGCCUUCAGAUCGUCCCUAUCAAUGUAAAGACUGCGGCAAGCGCUUCGUGUACCGCUCCAAGCUGGCCACCCACCAAUGGACUCAUUGCGCCGAGCGCCCGUACAAAUGUCCUGAUUGCCCCAAGAGCUUCAGCUACCCGUCCAAGCUGGCUGCCCACCGCCGCACGCACACCGGGGAACGCCCCUUCCCCUGCUCUCUGUGCCCCAAGCGCUUUGGACAUCGCUCCAAGCUGGCCGCCCACCAGUGGAUCCACACGCCGGAGCGCCCCUACAAGUGUGCCGAUUGCCCCAAGAGCUUCUGCUACCCAUCCAAGCUGGCCGCCCACCGCCGCACACACACGGGGCAGCGGCCGUACCCGUGUGGCCGCUGUGGGAAGAGCUUCUGCUACCCCUCCAAACUGGCCGCUCAUCAACAGAUCCACGCGGCCACCGCAGCAGGGCGCCCUUAUCCGUGCAUGCGCUGCAGCAAGAGUUUCCGGCAGCUGCGCAACCUCACCCUCCACCAGCGGGUGCACGAGGAUGGGGAAGCAGGUGACGACCUGGCACAGAACAAGAGCCACGGUGGUGGAGACAGGCCGUAAGGCAGAACUCUGGAUGCUCUCGGGGCACAGGGAGAAACUUGGAUAAUUUGAAAACUCGGUGGCUGUCGGGUGGUUGUAAAUAAUUGAAUGUUAAGGGGGAGGUGGGGGCUACACAGUGACCUUCAGCCACUCGUAACUUCUCCGUUCUCAGCUUGGAUGGUGAUGCCAAACGAAAGGCUCCUCUUCCGAGUUGUGUAUACCAUGCUGAAAACUGUUCUAGUAACCCUGUUUCUGCAGUGGCAAAUGGCCUAUUCUACAACCUCUUUUAAGUUACACAGACUUGUACAUCUUUGUGAUUCGGUUUGCUUCAUUUAACCUUCCGGUUCUCCCAGUCUCACAAAACAGGACCCUGCCGCUCUGUAGCCCACGCCAGUUCGGUGCCAACAAAACCAAACCGCCGUUGAGAUUCCCACACGAACCACCUUUAGGGAAGUGAGCGCCUGCACCCAAACCUCACCGCAGGCGGAGCAGAAUCCGCGCGUGCUUUGCACAAAAGGAGAAACCUCUGUCUGUGGCUCUGUAUAGUCUUGUUUUAUGCUCAACUGGUGCGUGCUUGCAUUGGGAUGUAGAACUCAGCAUACCUGUAAUUGUAAUCUAAGGGUAUAUAAACUUGUGGUAUAUGCAUUGUACAUUAUACAUGGCAUACGGUGCAGCUGCUUUGCACAGCCAACCCGUGGCCAUGGAAAUUGGAGGUUUAAUAUGCAUGAGCCGAGCACAUCAUAUCCCAUCGGGCACGAGCUGCGUCUAGUUUAAGAAAACGUUUCCGGUGGUUAUAAAGGAAAAGCUGAGCCUGACAAUGUGACAAUUGGUGAAAUUUGCCAGUGGGAUUGCUUAAAUACAAAUUCCAGGAAAGAAUAGGCAACAUUAGGUUUAAAGAGUUGUAGAAGCAGAAAAAUAAUUUUGCAAAUUCACAUCAUCGUGAGCAAUCCAACUGGAAAAUGGAGUUUGCCUUCCAACUGCUCCAGGGUAACUCUGCAUGUGAGAAGUUGCAGCUCCAGAUUUGUGGUUCAUGUUGCGUCAAAAGAUGCCCCAGGCCACUUUACAAAUACGGUGGGUAGCGUGCUAAGGGCAUAUGCAUCUGUGGCACACAGCAGAUUUCACAUGUGAAUUUCUUGGGCUAAAAGGGGCUGUCUAAACUUUAUGUUCACCAUGUAGUGCACAGAACUUUAUAGCUUGCUUCCUUGUUACUCGUGUGUUUGUUUUACUGUACCACAUACCUAAAGACACAGAAAGUCUGUUUUGCCGUCAUUAUAGGAUAGUUAUGUUCCCUCUUGGAUUUCUCUCCCAUGCUCUUCUAGACCCAAAUACACCUUCCACUACUAUCCACAAUUAAUACACACACUUUUUCUCAACAGCUUUUAAAACCCAAUAAUGCAUCUUUCCACUUCCCCAUAAACUGGCAGAGACUGAUUCCCCAUAAUUCAGGGAGGGCAUUUGUUCAGAUUUUUGUGAAAGGCAGGUGGAAGUUUGUGUGAUUGGUUCAAAGUCUGUUUGUAGCUGAUACUAAAAAAGUGAAGCUCCAUUAGAGCCUGGAGUUUUUGUCUUAUUUUUCUUGAGAAAAUAAAAUAAGAAAGCAAACA